UUCACGGUGCGUCUCAUGGCUGAGAGAAAAACCCAGGCACACAGAAAUGUCUGGCACAAACUCAAGCAAUUAUGUUUCAGACAGCUGCAUUCAUUCGUACAUACUAACACGGCCGAAACGAAGGACAGCAUCAGUCUGUUGGUUCUGCAUGCAGGUACACAGAAUCGGCGGGCCGAUGGAAGGCUAUCCUCAUACUGUUUCGGAAGGAACUCUGAAUGCACAGCUAUUAAACUACUCUGGAGAUUACCUCUCAAAAUGUUUAUCUUCAGCAUUUUGGUUGCCAGUAUUCUUCUCAUGUACACCCAGGCUCAGAUCCAGUGUGGGCUGGAGAAGGGCAAAAGACUGGAUACGUUCUCCGAAGACACAGACCGACUGAAGAUCCCGUGCAAGUACAACGCCGUGCGCCAGACGUGUGGCCGCUACUUCAUCAACGUCACACCAGGCAACGACAUCAGGAGCGACACUGGCGAGUACUACGUGGAUACCAUGUGGGUGUCCGUCACUGACACGGAGACGAAACAAACAUGGGAAGGACGAACUUCCACCAAAAUUGCACAAAAGGCCAUAAGCGACCCGACAAGAUCACCCUUCCACACCAAAACUAACGAGCUCGACAUCAACUCCAUCUGUACAACCGGCACGAACGAGGACACCAAUCAAGUGUACCUUAUGGAGAAAAACAACCUCUUUUCAGUAAACUUUGGUGUGUAUGAAGAAGGUGGAAGAAAGUCCAAGACAUCCACGUGGGAAUUUGAGUGCAACUCUAGUGACGAAGUCACUCCCUACCCAGAACAGGUUUGCGGCAAUCUGACGGAAGGCGUGGUUAAAAAUAUUCGCAAAGACAUGGACUUCAGCCAGGACAAUGAAGUCUACAUGUACUACGUACUGAACAACAAGGCCAUCGCUCAAACGAGCGAGAUCUGCAAAUAUUUGGAGGAAAAGUUUACAAGCGGCAAAUGCGAAGGUAGAGAAGAAUUGGCUGUCCAUUCCUGCUACAGGGUCGUCUACUCGGGACCUAUCUACAAAAAGCUCCUUCGCUUCGGUACUGAUCCAAAAACCGUCUGGAAGGCUUGCAUAGACUACGUGUGCUCUGAUUUCACUAGCCAAGAAACCUGCCAGUACCUCGGGGAAGCUCUGGAUGAAGUCAAGAAACCCUCCGAUACAAUCGCGAAGAAAAUUGAAGAGAACAAUUGCUACCCCGGGUUUAACCCGCUCUGAGCAGAUCUACUUUAUUCCAGCAGCGUAACGAGCACCAACGUCCCUUUAUUUCUCUGAGCGCCAUCUGCCAACAGCAGCCAUCAACAACAAUGAACCGCAGAACAAUCUUGCAAGAUUUUCUCCUUUGAGUUUUGAUUACACUUACUUCUACGCGAGUCAAGUACACGUCUUGAGACAAAGACAACCAACAGGAACAUAUUAAACACAUUCCUAAAGUUACUUUCUACUGCUUCAAAUAUUAGAACUGUUGCAAUGUAGUGAACAGUGUAAGCUUCUAUUGUUCAUUUUGAAAAACAGCGUGAAACGCCAAGCCUCUUUAAAAAAAAACCUGUUAGGUGGCAGCACCGCUCAAUAAGCAAGUUUAGUUUGACUGCUAUGUUUUUGCUCGUGUUGCAAAUCUUAAUUUGCUGGAGAAACAGCCAAGUAUCCCUUGCGACAGUAAUGAGAAUAAAAGAGCAUUAAUUACAA